AUGAGCAAGUCGUAUACUUAUUCUCAAUCUACAGGCAAGUUUUGUAAUGAUAAAACCGGUCAAUGUGUACAAUCCUACAGCGGAUAUAAGGGCGAGACAGAUCAAACAAAAGCAAAUUUAGGUUCCACUCCCCAAGGAGGCUUCACGAUUGAAAAUAGUUGUGCCAAAGUUGGCGAACGAUGUAAUUUGGCCCCAGAUCCAUCAAACAACAUGUAUGGGCGAUCCGGUUUCCAAAUUCAUGGUGACAACGGAAAAGGAGACAAAUCAGCAAGUCGCGGGUGUAUAAUUUUGAAUCAAAAAGAUAGAGCUGACUUGAAACCAGGUGAUAGAGUUAAAGUUACGAAGUAAUUGGUCAAUCGUAACCUCAUCAGCCUAAAAGACAAUAUAAUUGAUUCUAGUUUUUUCAGUUUUUCUUUUUCUUUGUUCAUUAAUCAAGAUCGAGAAUAAAAUUAAAUUAUCGAACAAUAUGUUGUCUUGCCUACUAUAGAAACUCUCAUGUGAUUUAUCAAAGUGUUAAUCACAAUAAUCUUGAAUGUUGUGAAACAGCAUCAGAUCAUCAAAAUCAAUGCACAUCGUGAUGCUAAACUUUUAUUGAAUGGACAACUGAAAAUUGAACUUGUAUUCCUCUGCUUUUCUUCUUGCCCAUGUUGAGAUCAAGGUUGUCUGAUUCGUAUUAAAGAUGAAAGUUAAAGAAGAAGCAAAAUUCGACAAUCUUGUUAUAAGACUAUUAUUUGUAAUAGCCGCAUCAGUCGGCAAAUAUCGUAGAAGAAAGUUGCUAGCGGGUGUGGGUGUGAGUGGGUGUGGGUGUGAGUGGGUGUGGGUGUGAGUGUGGGUGGGGUGUGGGUGUGUGGGUGUGGGUGUGUGUGUGGGUGUGUGGGUGUGGGUGUGAGUGUGUGUGGGUGUGUGUUGGUGUGGGCGUGGGGGUGGGUGGGUGAGUGGGUGAGUGUGUGGGUGUGGGUGUGUGUGUGAGGGUGUGGGUGUGGGUGUGGGUGUAGAUAAAUAGAAGAAUCACACCCACACCCACACUUACAUCCACCCACCCACACCCACACCCACACACCCACACCCACACCCCACCCACACCCACACUCACAUCCACCCACCCACACCCACACCUACACACCCACACCCACACCCCACCCACACUCACACCCACACCCC